AUGAUUCAAGAUAUUCGAGCUAGAUCAAUUAACAAACGAGACAUAGUGGCAAAACUAUUGCUCAAUUCGCAAGCGGUACAGGAUAUGCUACAACAACAGGGUAAUCCACUCAUGGCCGAGGGUCUGGAGAAAUUGGACCUUGUUUUGCACGAUUUAGAGACCAAAGUGAACAACACCGACCCGAACGAUGAACAGGGUCAGUUGACGCUCAAGGGCUUGGAAGAUCUAGUGAUUAUUGCCGAGGGUGAUCUUAAUGCCGAGAUAAGCGACAGCACGGGUGAAAUAAGUGAUACCCACGUGAACGAUACAGAAACUGAACAGGCUAAAAAGAGACUACGCGAUAAAGUAGCUGAAUUAUUAUUGAGCUCCAAGACUGCCCAGGAUCUCUUAAGCAAAUUGGACAAAAAGCAUUUGGCCAAAGGUUUAAAAAUGUUGGACAGCCUAUUGAAUGGCACCUAUACAGAGGUGAGCAAAGCGGACCCCCAGUCUGAUGCGGGAAAGUCAAUGUUACAGGGGUUGGAGAUCAUGAUUGAACAUACUGAAAUAGAUCUAAAUGCCGAGAUUAAAUUGAUUGAAGGCGAAAUACGCGAUGGUAAUAAUAGCUACGAUAUACCGGUCAUAAUUGACCAAGCCGAGUUAAUGAUAGACAGGGCUAAUAAGCUUUCUGAUGAGUUGGAUUCAAAAGGUCGGGCGGUUGAGGCCAAGAGUAUGGCUGUGUUAGUCAGUGGUGUUAAGACAUUGUUGAAAAAGGUACAAGAUUAUAAUCCGUAUACUGGAGUGGGCCGGUUGGUUCAAAAAGCGAUAGAGAGCAGUCCUAUUGAGCGCCCGGAGUCGGAGUCAACGCUGAGCAAAGAGGAGCUGAUCCUGAAAUUGGCUGAACUAUUGCUGAACUCAAAGACAGUUCAGGACUUCCUUAAGAAAGAGGGGAAACCCCUGUUGGCCAAGGUUCAGGACUUCCUUAAGAAAGAGGGGAAACCCCUGUUGGCCAAGGGUUUGGAGAAACUCGAUGUUGUGCUCCACGAGUUGGACGAGAAGGUGCAUAAGGCUGACCCCAAGACCAAGAUCGGUCAACUGGCCCUUCAGGAGCUCGAGAAACUGAUCGCAAAGACCGAGAAGGAGUUGGAGGCCGAGAUCAAGAAGAUCGAGGAUGAAAUUCACAAAAAGCCACCCACGUCGUUUGCCGGAUUGAGCAAGGAGGAAUUGCUGCUCAAAUUGGCCGAAAUGUUGCUCAACUCAAAGACCGUUCAGGACUUCCUUAAAAAAGAGGGUAAACCACUGUUGGCUAAGGGUUUGGAGAAGUUGGACACACUAUUGCACGACUUGGACGAUAAGGUACACAUAGCUGAUCCCAAGACCAAGAUUGGAAAGUUGGCUCUCGAAGGCCUGGAGAAACUCAUCUCUAAGGCAGAGGUAGACCUGGAGGCUGAGAUCAAGAAGAUCGAGGAUGAAAUACACAAAAAGCCACCCACAUUGAAAUUGACCAUGGGAUUGAGCAAGGAGGAAUUGUUGCUCAAAUUAGCUGAAAUGCUGCUCAACUCCAAAACAGUUCAGGACUUUCUCAAGAAAGAGGGUAAACCCCUGUUGGCCAAGGGUUUGGAAAAACUCGAUGUCUUACUCCACGAGUUGGACGAUAAGGUACACAAAGCGGACCCCAAAACUAAGAUCGGGAAACUAGCGCUCGAAGGCCUGGAAAAACUGAUCGAAAAGACAGAGGUAGAGCUCGAGGCAGAGAUCAAGAAGAUCGAGGACGAGAUCCACAAGAAACCGCCCACAAUGAGAGCCGGUCUGGACAUCGAUGGGAUUAUCAAAACGGCUGAAAUGCUUAUCUCAAAGGCAAAGGUAUUGGUGGAAGAGCUCAAACAACAGGGUCGGGACGUUGAGGCCAAAGGUCUGGCCCUCUUAGAGGACGCCGCCAUCGAUGCCGUCCAAAAGGUCAAAGAGUAUAAACCAAUCACUGAGUUGGAUAAACUCGUACAACUAGGUCUGGUCAGCUCAUUGAAGUUUGCGGAGAAAGAGCUGGAUGAUUUUAUUCAAAAAUUAGCGCCACCGACAUCGUUGGCGACGGCUAAUGAUAUGGCUGAUGUGAUUAAAACGGGUGAAAUGCUUGUCGAUAAAGCAAAGUUGUUGGUGGAAGAGCUAAAGCAAAAAGGUCGUGACCUCGAGGCCAAAGGACUGGCCCUAUUGGAGGACUUGGCUAUCGAUGCCCUCCAAAAGGUCAAAGAGUAUAAGCCGUUGACAGCGAUUGGGCGCCUAAUUCAAAAUGAUCUGGUUAAUAAACUGAAAUGGGCAGAGACUAAAUUGGAUAACUUUAUUCAGAAUUUAACGCAGUAA